AUGAAUUGGACUAAUUAUACAAACAAUCCUUAUGAUAUUAGUUUAUUUUCAUCUCCGAUUGAAGGACCAAAUCCAUGUCCAAAUCAACGUGCUAUAUCUCGACCAUUGUUAUUUGUUCAUAAUUAUUCAUUAUUCGUUUUUGGUUCAGUAUUAAAUAUACUUGCAUUUAUUAUUCUUAUGCAAGGUUCAUUACGUUGUCAUUCAACAUUUGCUUAUUUAGCAUUUUUAUCAUUAUCAAAUGGUUUAUUAUCAUUAGUACGUUUUAUACAAUGGAUGUUUGCAUAUUAUUUAAAUAUUCAAUUGGAAAAUUAUUUAUAUACAUGUCGUUUUUAUCAUUUUACAUUAGAUUUUUUAACACAUUUCAGUUUAUUUACAUUAGUAUGUGUUAAUAUAGAUCGAGCACGAACAGUAACAAAAAAUCGACCCAAUACAAAAUUUUCAAAAUCAACAUUUUCUAUGGUUUUAAUAAAAGAAUGUAUUAUUGCUACGAUUUUAUCUGCUUAUCAUUUUCAUUGGCUUGUUAAAUUUGGUCAUGAAGUUUUUGAUGGUAAAGUAACUCGAACAAUUUGUAAUUAUGAUCAAAAUCGAACAUCACCAGCAUAUUUUUAUUUUCUUACAACAAUUUAUCCACCAUUUGAAUUAAUUAUAUUUUUUUGUUUACCACUUUUAAUUAAUAUGAUAUGUACAUUUUUUAUUGUACGAAGUUUACGUUUAAGAAUGCGUACAGCUAAACGUUUUAAUCCAUUAAAUCGUAUGAUAAUUAAUUCAAGACAAAAUCAAUUUUUAAAACGUAUACAACAAAUAUUUUCUUGUCUUCUACCACGAACAACUGUUAAAUCAAAUAUAUAUUCAUGUUUUUGUUUUCAAAUACAAUGUCGACGUCAUACACAAUUACGUCUAAAAAUUGGUCGUACAAAACGAAGUUUAUUAAAAUAUGAAGAAGAAAAUGAUUCAAUUGAUCGACAACAAUUAUCAACAAUAACAAAUGAUUUAUUACCAGAUAUACAACAAAUAACAUCAAUAACAGCAACAAUAUUAAAUAAAACACAUCGUUCAAGACGUAUACGUGAUAUACAUUUAUCAGCAAUGUUAAUUGUAUUAAAUAUACUUUAUUUAAUAUUUAAUUUACCAUUUAAUUUUCAUCAAACAUUUAGAAAAUUCAUCUAUAAAAAUAAUCAAGAUACAUGUAUUGUUAGAUUUACAAGUCUUUUACUUGAUACAUUACAACAAACAUAUUUUUCAACAAAUUUCUUUUUAUAUGUUUUAACAAAUCGACGUUUUAGAGAAGAAUUUUAUAAUACAAUUAUGAAAUUAUGUACACGUAAACAACAAUAUAGAUUAAAGAAAACUAUACAACAAAAACAAGCAAGAAGUUUUAGUCUUAUACCAUCAACAGCAAUUAUAAGUAAUUUUAAUGGAGAUUAUCAAACAACGUCAGUUUUACUUCAACCAAAUCGAGAUAGUCUUAUUUCUGAUAUAGAACUCAUCGAAUCAUCACAACAACAACAACAAUCAAUUCUUACACAAGAUGAAAAUAAUCAAUUUAUUUCAAAAUUAGUUAUACUCGAAGAUUUAACAAACGAACAUGAAUAA